UUUUUAAACGGCAGCGGAGUGGACGAAUGAAAACUCUUCCUGCCGAGAGAGGUGGGGCGCGCCCAUAAAGAGCGAUCGUCCGCCUUCGCUUUUAGGGUGCCCGGAGAAGGGGUGCAAGGAAGGAUGGAACAAACUCAGUUGUUGGAGUGGGAUGGAGAAGGCGACUCCACGGAUGGGUCUGAUGCUGCACGGGAGACCCCUAAGCCGGUGGGGCGCCUGCAUCUGCUGAGCAGCAAGUACGGCCCUGAGAAAGAUUUCUGGAUCUACCCUGGCGAGAACACCAUUGGCCGCUUGGAAAGCUGUCACGUCUGCUUGCCGGCUAAUUCUGUUUCCAAAAUGCACGCGGUGAUCGAGGUGCCCUCCUCCCACGGGCCCCACCUUUUGUAUGAUCAAGGCAGCAUGAACCGGACGCGGCGCCAGCGGCUGAACUUGAUCCCACAGGUCCGGUACAGCCUUCAGGAUGGGGACACCUUGCUCUUUGGAGACGUGGGGUGCCAGUACUUCAUCCUGGUCCCGGAUACCGAUUGCGACUCCCACGACGACUCCAUGGCGGUGCCACCGUCCCAGGAAAGCGUGGAGGCCACUGCGCUGGCCAUUGAGGAAACGCCUGCGCCGGGCAGGAGAAUCGGCUUUGGGCAAGUUUUGGUCCAGGAUUCUGACAAGGAAGAGGAAGGGGAGGAAGUGAUCAAUGGGACAGGAAGCUACUUACACCACGCAUCGAAAGAUGAGUCCGAUUGCUGUAACAAAAAUGGCACAGAAGGACAAGCGAGUUUGGCUUCCUUUGGUGUCUCCUGUCCUUCAGCUACUGUGGUGCCUGAAAGCGAUGAUGAAAAUGGAGAGCCUUUGGUCGGUGGCUCCCCCUGCCCUGCCCUGCGCCUUUCCUUUGAGAGCCAGGAGGCUGAGCGGAGCCCCGUAGAGAACGGUGGUGGUCCUUCCUCCAACAGAGAAGACUGUGAAGGGGCCACAGCUGAAGAGGAGGGAGCUUCUGCAGAACAAGGCCUGGUGGAAGGCUUUCGUUUGGACAGCGAUACAGAUGUAGAGGAUGAAAACCAAAUGGGUGGCAUCUCUGAAGUGCCAGCAUCAUUGGAUCCGGAAAAAAGGGAUAGGGGCCCAGAUAUGGACCCUGACACUGAUCUGAAUGAGUCUUCAGUGGUGGCUCCAGUUGUCCGUUGUCUCCAAACCUCAGUGGAGCUGGGCAGUGAUACGGAUGCGGAGGAGACUGUGGAAAGUCCAGCUGUCUUCAGAUUAAAGCUCCCCUCUACUUCUAUGGAAAAAGAAGAGGAUGACACCGAUGUGGAAGCAGAGGUGGAAAAUCCAAGCGUUGUUUGUCCAGGAAAACGUGAGCCUGUUCCCCCCCCAAAAAGUGACUGCAAACAGUUGGAAGACAAUGUAGACAACGUCCAACUUGGCGGGAAAAAGGAUGAUGACACAGAUGUGGAGGAAGAUUUGGAUAAUCCAGAAAGCGGUGUGAAUGCCCUGCCUCCCCCUGCCCAUGAAGAUGUUGACACAGAUGUGGAAGACUCAGCUGUCAAAGAAGAGACUCUAGGUAGGACCAAGAACCGUGUAGUUGGUGGCCACAGUAAUGAUGAAGAUGUUGACACAGAUGUGGAAGACUCAUCUGUCAAGGGAAAGACUCCUAGUAGGACCAAGAACCGUGUAGUUGGUGGCCACAGUAAUGGUGAAGAUGUUGACACAGAUGUGGAAGACUCAUCUGUCAAGGGAGAGACUCCAGGUAGGAUCAAGAACCGUGGAGUUGGUGGACAUGGUGAUGAUACCAAGGAAGAAGCAAUUAAAUCCCAGCUGGAGAAUUCAGAAGAUACUUGUCCUCAGAGGACCUGUUCUUCAAGCAGUAAGGAGAGCAGCACAGACAUGGAAGAGGUCCCCCUCAAGAGGAUUGUGCCAGAGGGUCAUAGUGUCAGUGAGAGACACGGUGAUGUGGUUGAGUUGACCAAAAAUUCUGAUGUUGAACUCGAGAUGAGUUACGAAGUUGGUGACCAAUCUCCUAGGGACUUCAAAAAGAAGGAGCCCUCGCCGAACUCUGAGCAACACAACCUGCCCAUGCUCUUUCUAGGUAGUGAUACAGAUGGGGAAGAGGAGGCAGGUAAUCCAGAUGUAGAAUCAAAGAAGAGCCAACAAGUCUCCAGUGCAGAGUCCAGCAAAGGAAGUAGAGUGAGCCAUUUGCGGGAUCCGGAUAUUGGAUCUCAGGAAAAACCUUCACCUGUACAAGACAAGGACAGUGAUACUGAUGCGGAAGUGACAUCCGUGGGUCGUGAUAAAUCCACGGCUCAAGACAGCGAUACAGACACCGAAGACGUUGCUCCAUCUUUACUAAGAAAGCCCCUAGAAGAGAAAAGGGCUCAGAUAAUAAUCCCAGGGAGAUCCCAGGCGGGAGGAGAGCAGUUGACGUCUUCUGCAGUGGGAGCUGGAGUGUCCUUCAAAUCUCGUGAAGACAACGAAGACACAGAUGCAGAGAGGUGGGAAUCCUAUUCAGCAGACGAGAGCAACACCGAUGAUGAGCUUGAUGUGUCCUUGCAAGCUACACAAUGUUACCUACCAACUGAAAACACUUCACCUGGACUUGAAAAAGCUGGAGGCAUCACAGCUACAGUAUCAGGUUCCGAUUGUGCUCUGGAAGAGGAGCCCACUCAGGCAUUUGACUUCAGUCCACCCUUUUUACCCGCCAAACGUCAGUUCAGCAAUGUGACCAGCUCACCUUUGAAAGACAACAGUUCUGACCAGGAAGAUGACAUGCUGGAAGCUACCCAGCCAUACUGUGAGGAGCCCGAGCAAGUCUCAGCAGAGCCCCGCGAGGCCUUGGCCGUCAAAAAGAAGCUGGACCCAGAACGGCUUGUCCAGAACCAACCCGAAGAGGACAAAUGUUUUGAGCAGGUGCCUCAGCCUGACUUCCCAGCUGCCACCUCUCCAGGAGAAGAAACCACCUCCAUUCUUCCAGGAGACAACCUUCCGCCUCAGGCUGUGGAGAUGCCCUCUAUGCAGUCCUCCUUGCAGAAACCAGAGGGCGCCCCUGAAGAGGAAACUCAGCCUGUCCGCUCUGUGCAAAUUCCCCUUGUGGUCAGCAAGGGGACCUUGACUCCACAGGAAGAGAAGAGGGUGGAGGUGCCGGAAAGUGGAAGCCCUCCUUCAGAGGUGGUGGCGGCGAGACAGAGUGAGGCAACUCCUGUGGAUGACCGGGUGGAAGAAAACUCGGAAUUAAUUAGAAAAACAAAGAAUUCUAAGAAGGUAUUGGUGCCAGCCCAGGAGGAUCCGGCUUCAGCAACGCCCCCUGCCCGUGAGUUGCGGCGCAGUCUGAGACCUUCAACUACUUCUGCUUCACCCACUCCUGUCCCAGAAAGACGAAGCCUCCGCCAUCACGGAUCUGGGGCCGUGGUUGCAUCCAGCACCCCGGCUGCUCCAGAGACCAGGCGUAGGGGGCUGCGGCAGCUCAGCAAUGCAAGUCAGAGAAUGAGGGAAGUGAAGGGGAGGCCAGAACAGCCCGGAGAAGAGGGGCCCAGGAAGAAGGCCAGGAAUGGAGACCUGAACGCGGCUCCUGUUCCUCAAAGUCGAACGAGGGGCUCCCAGAGGGCAUCCAGGGCUGCCAGCAAAGUUACAGAAGUAGCAAAAGCCGUCUCUGGCAGCAGCCCUGGGGCCAGGGAGCCCACAAAACGGGUCCAGAGGGCUCCUGCUCCCGACCCUGGGCUAGAAGGGCAGACGGAGCGUCCAAGGACUCGGGCCAGCAAGCAUUCCAGCAGCAGCAGCACUUCCGUGAGCACCCCAAGCCCAAAGGAUUCUGGGAAAGGUGCCAAACUUGGGCAGGAACCUGUCUUCACUCCGUCUUCAGGAAGGAGGUUGCGGCGUCACAGCCCAGACAGCAAAGUGAUAAGUCAAAAGGCUUCAUCGGGCAGUCGCACCCGGCGUGCCACCGGACCUGGCAGCCCUGCCCCCAAGGUGCUGUUUACAGGUGUGAUUGAUGAGGAAGGAGAGCGUAUAGUGGCCGAGUUGGGGGGUACUCUGGCAGAAUCUGUCUUUGACUGCACUCAUCUUGUGACAGACCGCGUACGUCGCACCGUCAAGUUCUUGUGUGCCCUGGCUCGGGGAAUCCCCAUUGUGACGCUUGAUUGGCUGGAGAAGAGCAGACGGAACGCUUUUUUCCUGGCACCAAACAACUUCCUCGUUCGGGACCCUGAGCAAGAGAAGAAUUUGCGGUUCAGCCUCUCCAACUCGCUGCAGAAAGCACAGCAGAAUGGAGCCCUUUUCCAGGGCUACGAGAUCCAUGUCACUCCUAACGUGAAGCCAGAACCAGAACACAUGAAAGACAUUGUUAAAUGCAGCGGUGGGACCUUAUUACCAAGAAUGCCGCGGGCCUUUAAGGAGAAGCGUGUUGUAGUGUCCUGCCCCGAGGACCUGUCGCGCUGCAAACCAGCUCAGGAAGCCGGAGUCCCGAUCACCAACGCGGAGUUCAUCCUGACGGGUAUUCUGCAACAGACGGUGGCCUUGGAGGCUCACCGCCUGGAUGGAAGUGUGGGUCCAUCUCCUGCUUCCAGCCCCCUCGUUCCCUCGACCAGAACCAGCAAGAGGCGGGCAGCCACACAGACGGCACCAGCUCCGCCCAGCACAGCCAAGAGACGACGCUGAUUCUCCCCCCCCCCAAAAGGGCAGCACUGCCUUAAAACUGUACAUACGGGAUUUUUUUUUUUUAAUUUUCCGCUGCCAAUAAACGGGGUGUGAAAAGACAUUUGAUGGUUUUGGAAUGGGGUCUUAGUAGUUGGACUGGGUGCUAAAUGGGGGAGAGGGUGACCCCAAAAAACAAACAAAAAACCCUUUCUAAAUCAGGAGUGAUUUAAUUUUUUUUUUUAGAAAUUUAAUUUAAAUCGGGGGUGGGUGGGCAAUCCAACCCUGGCAGCUUUCAGACCUUCCGAUAUAUAAUUAUAGCAAUUCAAAGGUAGGCCUCGUGGCAGCAACUUCUACGUCUUUUACUUUUAGGGUGACCCGCUAGAAUCGCAAUAAUGCCAAAAUAAACAUAUAUGCCCAUAAAAUGGGCAGUUUAGUCAGCUUGAAAGCUGCUACAGCUUUGAAACAGCCUGUCAGACUGAAUUCCAAAAGUUGGGCAGAACUGGGGUGCAAUGCCUAAAAAGGAAGAGUUUUUUUUAAAAAAAGUAUUAUUUGCAUUUUUAAAAAAUAAAAUAGGAAUUGAGGCAAAAGGUAAAGGUUUCCCUGUCAGUUGUGUUAGAUUCCAGUAAAACCAUGGACCAAAUCGCUCGCUGCUUUGGAUCCGAGAUAACCACUAGAUUAAACCUCAGCUUCUAACAUGACCUUGCUUUCAUAGGGGUUGAGCCUUUUUUAUUGAUUUCUAGUGGAUCAGCAAAAAUUUCUGACGCCAACUGUUAAAUUGCAGCAAGGGCAUUAAGCUUUCCUCAAUUUUAUUUCUGAAGCUGCAGACGUCGUCUGUUAUCUUGGGGGUGCAUUUUUGAGCUGCAGCAUUGGAUGUUUGGUAUAGAACAAAACACGUAGACCCAAAAUUCUUUAAAUCUACCAUUUUGACUUAUUUCAGGCUUUGGUUGGGUGAAUUUCAUUUUUUUUUUUUGCCUUUCCAACCCCCUUAAUAGAUGCUUCAGGAUUAUGUGGUCAGGAGAUGUGUGCGAGUGUCUUUAGGAUGGAGUACUUAGCAACACGCAAAGCCAAUUCUUGACUUCCUCUCCCAUCAGGAUGCAUUGGGGAAAAACCUCUGGAUUUUUAUUUUUUUUUUGUAUAGCAGAGAUGGGGAACAAUGGCCCCUUUAUGACUUGUGGACUUCAACUCCCAGAAUUCCUGAGCCAGCAUUGUUGGCUCAGGAAUUCUGACAGCCGAAGUCCACAAGUCAUGAAAGGGCCAUCAGUCCCCAUCCUUGUUCUGUAGCUUCAGGUGGAUCUGGCCCAUUUUCAAAACAUUCAUAUAUUCAGAUCCACCUGAAGCUACAGAACAAGGAUGGGGACUGAUCCAGAACAGAAUAUAUAUAUAUAUAUUGAUGUGGAGCAAGAGGGGGGAAAAUAAAGACUGUGUAUAUAUAUAUAUAUAUAUACAGUCUUUAUUUCCCCCCCGCUUGCUCCACAUCAAAUAGAGACCCGUUAUGUUGUGUUUUGGGGGAGUUAGCCUUAGACAGGCAGGCAUACUUUGCAAUUCCAAAAUGGCAUUGGGUUGGAAAUAUGAAAACUAAAACAAGCAAAUCCUGUCACUUUGAAGUUCAAUCCCUUGUGUGAAAUACCAUGUCUCAGGAAACUGAAGUGUAGAGAUAUAUAUUCCAUAGCCAUUUCCUUAUUGAAUUGUCAAGACAAUGGACAAUUUGAACAGCUCUGAGAGCCUCCAAAAUUGCUUAGAAACUCCUAGGUUGUAGUAUCUAAUAAUCACAGAUCUCCUGACUUAAAAGUGGCCAGCAAAAUUGGUUUCCAUCUGCCAACCAACCAAAUAAUUAUAUCUCAAAUACUUCUAAUUAAAAAGUAAGUAUACCUGUUUAGUAUAAUCACGUUGCAGGGCUUUUUAAAAAAACCAACCAGGAAAUCCAUUGUUGGAACUGGCAGAAUCUGAGCAAACAGCAGGUUGGCAGGUCUGUGGAGAGUCUUCUGUGGUUAAUUUUAAUUUCUAAAUCAGUGUUUCUAAAAUGUUCUGCCAUUGUGGACUUCUAAAUCAUCAUUUGGAAGAUGUAAGGCCUAUUCUAGUAAAAUAAGAAUGUGAAACAU